CUCGUGUUAAUGCUCGUCUGGCUGACUGUGGGGAAAGUCGCCUCCUCUUCCUCUCCUCUCCUCAUCAGUUACGCUUCUUGAGGAAUUUGAUAUUUCAAAACCACACUCCAGCUGUUAUUCAGAGUGUUUACUGAAGAUGGGAGAACAAGACCCAAGUGACAGGCUGAGAGGGGACCAACCGAAAGAGACGAAGGAAAAUGGCGUGGCGAGUUUCUCCCAGUUCUCCUCAAGCGUACGCACCAUGGUGCGCAUCCGCCAGAAGUACCUGGCCAUGAAGAAACGCCGUCUGGAGAUCGCGGCGGUGUCGUCCCAGAGCUUCGGUUCCUCGCGGUCCACCAGCCCAAAGGUUUUCACCUUCGACAAUCUUUACGAGCCUGUAACCAGCAACCCCCUUCUUUCCCCACGCAAGCGAAAGAAAAAGAGGAAGGGUCGAGUCUUGUAUCCGAGCAACAGUUUGAGAGCCGUACCCACGAAAGAGAGCAGCCGAGCAAAGAGCUGCCUGUACUUGUUGUUCGUCAUCGUCUUUCUACAGAUUUACAACGCCAUCGAGAACUUGGACGACCACGUGCUCAAAUAUGACCUAGAAGGCCUGGAGAAGACCAUUAAACGGGAAGUGUUUGGCCAACAGGAAGUGACAGAGCGCCUUCUGGGUCAUUUACAUGAUUAUUUGUCAACUUAUGUACACAACAAACCUUUAGUGUUGUCGUUUCAUGGACCUAGCGGAGUUGGGAAGAGCCACGUUGGGCGACUACUGGCUCAGCAUUUCCGCUCGGUUGUUGGCGACGAGUUGGUGAUGCAGUACUUUGUGCUGCACCAUUGCCCGACAGAUGACGAUAUCCCACAAUGCACCAAAUCUCUGGACUCUCAAGUCUCUGAAAUAGUCACACAAGCUGAGGAAUCAGAGAAGAUACCGGUUUUCAUCUUCGACGAGGUGGAACACAUGCCCAGGGAGUUGCUGGACACGUUGCGAGACCUAAUUCAUUCCCAAAACAACAACGAAUACUUAAAUGCCAUCUACAUCCUCAUCAGCAACCUGGGACACGAAGAUAUCACCAAGUUCGUCCUGCACAACUCCAGCGUCUCCGUCUCAGGGCGUCUGAGCUUGAGUCAGGAACUGACACCUUGGUUACGCAGUUACCUUCAAGGACACCACAUGCUAUUUUUGGAAGCAGAGUUCUUACCAUUCAUGCUUUUAGAGAAGAGCCACGUGAUGGAGUGUUUUAUCGACGAGAUGUCCAGGGAAGGGUUUUACCCGGAUCGACCACACGUGGAAAGACUCGCAGAAGAACUAUCGUACUAUAUAAUUGGCGAACAGGAGUUUUCUCAGACUGGAUGCAGGCAGGUUGUGGCAAAAGUGAACCUUCUCUGAAACUAAAUCUGCCGUGCAGAUGAGCAACAUGUGGAGCUCUUCCAUGAUAUUUAAUUUCAGUGUGUAUUCAACAUAUUUUUGUACAUACACAACUGGUCAAAAGUUUGGGGUCGGUAAGAUUUUUAAUGUCUUUGAAUGAACCAUCUGCUCACCAAGGCUGCUUUUGU